CGUUGCUAUUGCCGCACUUUUACUUCCGCCUUGUUUGCGCGAUGACUGAAGCCGGUUCUUUGGCGAAAUAUGGAUCAAAAUCCAGACAGUUUUUUCGUUGUUCAAGGUCGUAGGACACCCGUCAGAGAUAAAAGCACUGGAUAUCUGACCAACUCACAGCGAACCUUGAGCACAAAGAACUUGUCACAGACGUCUACUUUCCGCAACACCAAAAAUGGUGCGUGGACAGGGAGAGAGUCAUUUAGGGACACCAGGCAGUCUUGGACAGAUGAGCCUUCACCGGAAAACCCUUAUGAAGAAAUUCAGGACAACCUCCGUGCCAAAAGUUCUGAGCUGAGCCUUGAUCUACGUAGCCUCAACAGUAGCCUGAACAAAAGCCUCAAUAAAAGCGUGACGUUCAAUGAGACUCUAGAUGACUACAAAAGGCCACGGGAUGAAGAUGAAAACAGUCUUGAUGAUACCUUUGAAGAGGAACUUCAGCGAUUAAUUGCAAAUGAUGCUCAUGAGAAUCACCUCCAUGAACAAAGCCUUGCCGGCAAGGCCAAAAGUAAAGCCACUGCGCAGUGGUUUACUGAUCCCAUCCAUCUGUCUCAAGAAACGGAGUAUCCUGUUUUCAAAAGCCUUGGCGCCAAGGAACACACAGUGUCAUCAGUAAAAAGGACUACAGGUAUGCUAGGUACAGAGAUGGCACAGAAAAAGGUUGCAUCAAGUAUCUCGUCUGAUGAAGAAGUGAGAAGAUAUUUCCCGGCGACAUUCAACGAAGUGCCUGCAGUCAUGCAAACCCUGACUCCCCCGCCACCCAUGGACUCCAGCACCCGAAGUGUAGUAGACAGGACUACAAGGAGUGUUAUGAGUGAUGCUGGUCCGAGGAGGACUGGUUCUAGCAGACCUCCUCUCCCUAAUGGCAGAUCAAUGAGUGCCUCUGACAGGCAUCACAACCUGAAAGCUAUGAAUAGGAGUUCAUCUCGGAAUGGCUUUCCAGCUAAUGGCAUGUCCCUCAGACUCUCACAGGGUGUCUCCACUCAGGAUCCGCAGUUGAAGGCAGUGAAGGACUAUAACUACUUAAAGGCAUCCCAGCAGUUCAUAGAUGAGAGGGUUGUUGCAUCUCCUUUUGAGUAUGAGUUGUCUAAGCUCCGCAUGGAGCGGCUCAGGAUAGAGGAGCAAAGAAUCUUGGAAACCAAGCGGCAGGAGGAGCUGGAGCGGAUCAGAGGGCCAGUCCCAAAGUGGUAUGAGCUGAAGACACCCAAUUUCACCUACGAACAUGCCAAGAACAAUCAACUGAAUAGCAGUAGGCAGAACUGGCAGAGCCUUUAUGAUUAUCGCAACAAGCUGCUUUCUGCUUCCCAAGAGUUUGCCAAAUCCACCAAUUGAUGAUCCAAUGAUGCCUUUACGAACGGUGCUCUCGAUUAAGCAACAUUUAAACAAAUGCAAAGGUGAAGGUUAUUUGGGAAAGAGUGGUCAUUGUAACUGUCAUUUUGUAGUGAUGAAAGAAUGGCUGGGCUUUAGAAAUUCUGUAGCGUAUUGCAUUCGAUAGCCUCUGAUUUGAUCGCUCUAUUCGAUUGUGAUAACUUGG